AAAUUGUUUUUUUUUUCAUCCGAUUUUAGUCUAUUCGUCCAUCACACGUACAAAACAAAAGCCUCAUUCAGGUAUUGGCCAAUAGCGUUGCAAGCAUGUGAAGUGUGGUGAGACAAGCCCGACGCCUGGGAGAGGUAUAUACCACGGGGUGUCCCGCGAACACAUUCAAAGAUCAGCGAGUGCCUUUGGUAAAACAAGACUGCAACAGCGUAAAGAAGAGCUUGAAAAUACCGCUUUAAAGCUUGUGAAUUGCGAGUCAUCGCCAUGGACAUGCAGAGCCUCAUGAUCCUGAUGGCGAUGGUCAAGGAAUGGCUGCUCCGUGUUCACUUGUGGUGGAAGAUGCCUGUCGUCCUAAUCCUCGUCUAUCAGCUCCAGAAGAGAGAACUCCUCAUGAGGGAUAAUCUAUUUGAAGCCUACCCGUCAAGUGACCGCAAACCAACCUGCCAAGACCCUGUUGUCGGCUUACUUCACAUUGGCUGUAUGUACAACAAUGAUUGCCUUCCUAUGCCACACCUCCUGGAGGAAUCGGGAAUGACCGCUCGUCAAUGCGUCAGUUACUGCCGUGAACAGAACUACGCAUUCUCCGGGUAUGACGGAUGCAAAAAAUGUUACUGCGGCGACUCGUACCAGUCUUUUGUGCGUACCUAUCACCGCGGCUAUUGUCCACCGAAAGACCCCUGGAGCUGUGAAUGGAGAAGCCGUGGUUGCUCAGGAACCUUUGUCGAUGUCUACCGCACAAUGUUCUGUACAGAGCGCAUGCGUGAAGGCAGAACUCAUGACGGCACGUGUAAUGACUUGAAGCAUCCUGCUAUGGGGUGCCGGUUAUACCGGUUUAGCAGGAAUGUGAAUCCUAACUCCACUUACGAGGACGAUAAGAUGCUGGAGCCAAAUCCGCGAGAAAUCAGUCAGCGGUUGCUGAAAAGGACAAAAUUUAUCCCCGUAAAGCAAUUAAAUCUGCUUGCCGCUUCCUGGAUCCAAUUCAUGAUCCAUGACUGGUUUGACCAUGGGGAUCAAGAUCGAAAAAAUCGUAUUUCGGUUCCUCUAGAAGGUCAUGACCCGCUAUACUCAAAACACGCGCCCGCCAUGAGUAUACCCCGCACUAGACCCGAUAAUUGUCAACAGGAACCUGGAAUUCCCCAAGCAUAUCAAAAUGACGUCACUCACUGGUGGGAUGGCUCUCAACUGUACGGAAGUGACGAAAUUACCAACAAGAGAUUGCGAUCAUUUGUAGGCGGAAAACUCGAACUUGACGCGAAAGGACUACUGAAGCUGGAUAGAAAUACCGGUCUCGACAUGACGGGUUUUAACAGAAACUGGUGGGUUGGUCUGAGCCUGUUACAUAACAUCUUUACGCGAGAACACAACGCCAUAUGUGAUAUGCUGCACAGACACUACCCUGAUUGGUCGGACGAAAAACUCUACGAUAAAGCCAGACUAAUUAACGUGGCUCAAAUGGUGAAAAUCCACACGAUUGAAUGGACGCCAGCCAUACUUAACGACACGGCUUUGCGUGAGGGCGUACGCGUCAACUGGGGACUAAGGCCCGGACGGGAGAUCUUCGCUUGGCUUCACAGCCAUAACAUCUCCUCAGACGUCGGAAUCACCCCUCUCGUGGGAAACGCCAAGAAAAUGCGCGGCGUCAACUUCAGUUUGACGGAAGAAUUUGUCGCAGUGUAUCGCAUGCAUCCGUUAUUACCGGACCAACUGCGCGUGCGUAAUAUCAGAAGUCGAGAGUACACAGGGCACGAGUACUCGUUGCCUAAAUACUCGUUCGCGCACGCCCGCGGGAUCGUCGAGGAGCACGGGUUUGCUGACUUACUUUACACGUUCGGUGUGGAGUAUCCGGGUGCGCUGACCUUGUUCAACUACCCACAGGCGCUGAUGAACCUCAAGUUGCCUUGGCACCAAAUGGGAGGAGAGACAGUAGACCUCGGUACCAUCGAUAUUCUCCGGGACCGAGAGCGAGGCGUUCCGCGCUUUAACGACUUCCGUCGAAAGCUGAAACUGCGACCCGUGGAGUCAUUCGAGAAGCUAACGUCUAACAAACACCACUCGGCUGCUCUUAAAGACAUGUACUGUGGCGACAUGGAGAAACUGGACCUUCUGAUUGGCUGCCUUGCAGAGGAGCCUCGGCCCUAUGGCUAUGGGUUUGGCGAGACCGCUUUCAACUUAUUCCUGAUGAUGGCAAGUCGGCGUCUCGAGACGGACAGGUUUCUAACUGACGACUUUACGGAUGACAUGUACACACCAGAGGGAAUGCAGUGGAUUAAGGACUCUACCAUGAAAACCAUUCUCCUUCGUAACUACCCCGAGGCAGAGCUGCUCCCAACAAUCCUAAUGAACGUUGAGAACGCUUUUUUCCCUUGGGAAUAAUGAAUCAAGCGAAAUGGUCACGGUUUUGAAGUAAAUUGUAGUAUUCAGUUGGAAUAGUCUUCUGUUACGAUUGAGAGAAAUAUAUGAAUAUACAUCGCUGUCAGAAAAUUAAAAAGAUAUGCUGUGAUUGAUCCGAAUAAAAAAAAUCAAAGAA